AUGACCAGGGCUAAUCACAGCCCUUUGCUUACCCUGGAUCCAGAAAUUGGUAGGAAUAGAAAAGGAAUCAAAAAGGAGAGGAACCAGCGUGAAUCUGAGGCUACUGGAUCAUUUCCGACUUCAUUUGAGUGUUUAUCGGAUACAUCUGAGACUGAAGACAUGACUGUUGAGCAAAGAGAGAGAACAUUAAAGGAGCUGGCUAAUCAGGAAAUUGGAUUCCAGCCCCUGUGCAUCCAAGUGUCGUAUGUACAGGGGGCUCCCAACUUUGAUCUUAGGUCUGGGUUCAUUCAGCUUCUGCCAAGGUUCCAUGGGUCAGUAGGGGAGGACCCUCACAAGCAUAUUUUGGAGUUCACAAUGGUCUGUUCAACUAUGAAACCACUAGAUGUGCCUGAGGAGAUUGUCAAGAUGAAAGCCUUUCCCUUUUCACUGCAAGAUGCUGCCAAGGAGUGGUUGUUUUCUCAGAAUGUACCCAUAGUUAGCUGGGGAGAAAUGAAGAGAAAAUUUUUGGAAAGGUUCUUCCUUGCCUCCAGGACAGCAGCUGUGAGAAAAGAAAUAAGUGGGAUUAGACAACUGCUUGGGGAGAAUCUGUUUGAAUACUGGGAACGCUUCAAGAGGUUGUGCUCCACUUGUCCCAACCAUCAGAUCAAUGAGUUGCUGCUGCAAUACUUUUAUGAAGGGUUGCUGCCUCAAGAAAGGAACAUGAUAGAUGCAACAAGUGGAGGCACUCUCAUGGACAAGACACCAUCGGCAGCAAGAAACCUCAUUGCAAACAUGGCUGAGAAUUACCAGCAGACCUACACUAGAAGUGGCUGUAGUAAAGGAGUUCAUGAGAUGCAACUGAAUGCAAUCUCAGAUUCAGUGAGGACCAACAUGUUUACUGAGAACAACCUACUGAUGGGGAACAAAAUUUUGGAGCUAAUUGAGCUGAUGAGGCAGAUGGCUUUUAGGAGGCCAAGUGAAUGCAACACCACUGGAGCUGAAUUAGUGGCAGCUGCAUUCCAAUAUCAGCAAGGAAACUUCAGGCAGAAUCAACAGCCAUGGCAAGCCCAGAAUCAGCCACAACAUUACAGCCAAGCUUCUAACUCACAGAAUUCAGGAUGGAGGAACAUGAUGAACCCGAGAUACGAAGCUCCUCCAUAUAAUCAAAAGAGUGGACAGCAGUCAAAUGGGCUGAUGCAGAGCAUAAAUCAGUAUGCACAACAGAAUAGGCAGAAUGCAUCAUUUUAUGGAAGGCAGAACCAGUCACAAAUGCAGCCUAGGAUGGACCCAACUCUGGAGGCAACCAUUCAGGAUAUGAAGAUGCAGAUUGGGCAGCUGGCUCAUGCUGUGAAUGAACUGGUGAAUCAGAAGGCUGGAGGCAUCCUUGCUCAGCCUUUGGUCAACCCAAAAGGAGAAUCAAGCAGCUCAUAG